UGGUGCCGAUGUAACAUAAUUUUAUCAAUGUAUAAAUUCACCUUUGACUAUGUGUAUCUAUUAACGACAAAAACAUAAAUGAAACUUAUAUCGAAAGCAACGCUAAAAUAAUUUUAAACAGUAUUAUUUGAACUCGAUCUAAAGUUAUGUAUGCUUAUAUUUGAUGUGAGAAAUUGAUUAGUAAAAAUUUGUCUAGAAAAAAAAAAAAGAUAUAAAAGAAUAUUUAAAAUAUUUAUAAUCUAUUUCAUCAUAUUAUUGAAAUUAUCAAAACAUAUUUAUAACUCUUAAGGAAACAAUUAUAUCGACGUUUGACUUCUUUCAAUUAAAAAUAGACCAUUAUUGUUGAUUAUUUAAAAAAAAAAAUUAAAAACAUAUACAUAUUAUAAUUAAAACUAAUGAUAAUUUUCUUUAUUUCAACAUUUAUAUAAACAAAAUAUAAUAAUCAGAAAAAUAUAUGGUUAAAUACGUAUUAUGUUCUCGACAUGUUGGAAUAAAAGUGCGUAAUGGCUCUGCGUCAAUCGUGGACCGCGAAAUAUUAAGAUUGAUAUUCAUAACCUAAAAAACGCGUUCGAGAGUACAUGUUUAUACAUAUUAAUUCUUUAACUUCGAUGUAUGUUUCUUUUUUUUUUUUUUUUUUUGUAUAAAAUGUAAUAUUAUUUAUUAAGAAGAUAAUGUCAUCUUCAGUUAACAUAACGGAAAUAACACAAGCAAAAACUUGGAAAGAAUAUAAUCGAUUGCAGAAGGAACAGAGAAAGCAAUGGAAAGAGGAGAGGUUAAUAAAGAAGUUGAAAAAAGAAGAGAAGAGAAAUAACAUUGAAAAUGAGACGAAAAAGGAAGAGAGCGAAGCAAAAAUUAAAAAAAGGAAUACUUCUACAAUAACCAUCGCGAUACCUGGCUCGAUUUUAGACAAUGCACAAUCUGCAGAAUUGAGAACGUAUCUUGCAGGACAAAUAGCACGUGCCGCAUGUAUUUACAAAGUAGAUGAAAUUGUCGUUUUCGAUGACAAGGGUGUUAUAACUGAAAGCGAAAAGAAAAAAGUGAGAACAGACGAAGUUUUAGGUGAAGGGAGAAUUUGUUGCUUACAGUUAGUUAAAAUAUUACAAUAUUUAGAGUGUCCGCAGUAUCUUAGAAAACAUUUCUUUCCUAUUCACAAGGAUUUACAAUACGCGGGUGUAUUGAAUCCUUUGGAUGCUCCUCAUCAUCUCAGACAACAAGAUGUAUCUCUUUAUCGUGAGGGUGUAGUUAGUAAUAAACCAGUAAAAACUGGGAAGGGUUCCCAAGUGAACGUAGGUCUUCUUAAUGAGAUUAGAGUGGACAAAGAAUUGAUGCCUGGCUUAAGGGUAACUGUGAAAAUACCACCAAAUCAAGAAAAUCCAAAGAAAAUGAAAGGAAUUAUAGUAUCUCCAACAGAGCCAAAAUCAGAGACAGGAAUAUAUUGGGGAUAUAGCGUGAAAUUAGCUAAGAAUCUUUCAGAGGUGUUUAAAAAAUGUUCUUAUAAGGAAGGAUACGACUUGACUAUUGGUACUUCAGAUAAAGGAACAUCCAUCGACGAUAUAUCACCAAAAAGUCUGAAAUAUGAUCAUGCUUUGAUAGUUUUUGGUGGUUUAUCAGGAUUAGAAGCUGCACUGGAAGUUGAUUCAGAUUUGCCAGAUGAAGAUCCAUCAUCUGUUUUUCAUAAAUAUUUAAAUAUAUGUCCUCAUCAAGGAUCAAGGACAAUUAGGACAGAAGAAGCACUUUUACUUUCUCUUGCAGAAUUGAGGACUAAAUUAUUCCCAAAAAAUCCUGUAUUACCAAAUGCUCAAUUUGAUAGUUUUGUUGAAGAUUAAAUAACAUUGAUAUUUACAUUAUUAAAGUGAUAAAAAAUAAUAUCCAAGAAUAUUUAAUAAAACUUUUGUUUGUAAAAUAUACUUAAUAUUUACAAAAUGUUACUAAUAAGAUUUUAUCUUCCAUAUUCUUCUUUUUUUGUAAAUAUUGAAGAUAUUUUUUUGGAAUGUCUUCUAUAAAAACAUCAUAUUAAUUAUUCAAUACACAAUUUACAGCAUC